GAAUUCUCAUCCCCACCCACUCACUCUCUCACACUGCUUUUUUAGUUUUUUUUCUUUUUCUUUUCCCUUGGCUUUUUUAUAACACACCAAUUUAAAACACCCCCACAAAAGAGUUGAUCAAAAUCCAACAUCACCAUGAAGAUAAGUGAGAUGUGGACAACAAUGGGGUCAACCUUAGCCAGCUUCAUGUUCUUGUGGACGAUCAUGAGGCAGUACUGUCCCUACGGUGUUCAACGUUUCUUCGAGAAGUACACACACAGGAUCAUGAGUUACUUCUACCCUUACAUUAGAAUCUCCUUCCAUGAGUACAUGGGAGACAGGUUGAAGCGCAGUGAGGCCUAUGCAGCUGUGGAGGCAUACCUCAGUGCCAACACAUCAAAGAGUGCCAAAAGGCUCAAAGCUGAAAUGGGAAAAGAUAGCAGCAACUUGGUUUUGACCAUGGAUGAGUAUGAGAGAGUAACGGAUGAUUAUGAGGGUGUGAAAGUUUGGUGGGUCAGUAGCAAAGUUAUGUCACCAACAAGGUCCCCAAUGUCUUAUUAUCCAGAACAGGAGAAAAGGUUCUACAAGCUCACUUUUCACAGCAAGCAUAGGGACACAAUAACUGGGUCCUAUUUGGAGCAUGUGAUGAGGGAAGGAAAGGAGAUUCGUUUGAGGAACAGGCAGAGGAAGUUGUAUACUAAUAGCCCUGGCUACAAGUGGCCAAGUUACAAGCAAACGAUGUGGAGCCACAUUGUGUUUGAGCACCCUGCAACGUUUGACACAAUGGCCAUGGAUCCCGAGAAGAAACAAGAGAUCAUUGAGGAUUUGGACACUUUCAGCAAGAGCAAGGAUUUCUAUGCAAGAAUUGGGAAGGCUUGGAAGAGGGGUUACCUUCUCUACGGCCCUCCUGGGACCGGAAAGUCCACGAUGAUCGCGGCAAUGGCGAAUUUGUUGGCCUAUGAUGUCUAUGACUUGGAGCUCACUGCAGUGAAGGACAACACCGAGCUGAGGAAGCUUCUGAUUGAGACAACAAGUAAGUCCAUAAUUGUAAUUGAGGACAUUGAUUGCUCUCUUGAUCUUACUGGGCAGAGGAAGAAGAAGGGAGACAAGUCGCCGUCCGACGACGAGGCCGAUAAGGAUGUUGUGGGAAGGAAGGAGGCCAAGGAGGAAGGAGGGAGUGGCAGCAAAGUCACACUCUCAGGGCUUUUGAAUUUCAUUGAUGGGAUUUGGUCUGCUUGUGGAGGGGAGAGGUUGAUUGUGUUCACAACCAAUUAUGUGGAGAAACUUGACCCUGCACUCAUUAGAAGGGGGAGAAUGGACAAGCAUAUUCAGCUCUCUUAUUGCACUUUUGAUGGCUUCAAAGUUCUUGCCAAUAACUACUUGAAGCUUGAGGCUCAUCCACUGUUUGAUACUAUUGAGAGGCUUAUUGGGGAGGUCAAGAUCACCCCAGCUGAUGUUGCUGAAAACCUUAUGCCUAAGUCCCCACUGGAUGAUCCUCACAAGUGCCUCUCAAACUUGAUUGUAGCACUUGAGGAAGCUGCAAAAGUUGAGGAGAUGAAGCAGAGUAGUCCCAUCAAGGAGGAACUUCUUCAACAAAAUGGGUCCAUUAAGGAAAAUGGUGAGCUUCAUGGUGACAAAGCAAUGAAUCAGUGCCAGAUGUGGCUCGUUAAUGAUACAUAAUGUUGUGUAGAAGAAAUUCUGGUAUGAGAGGCACAUUUUCUCAUUUUACUAUGUAUCUAUGUUAGUCAACUCCAUGAGAUGAUUAAAAGGGAGGGAUUAUAUACUUUAAAACGCUCUGGUUUUGGUUCAGAUUGUAAUUUAGCGUCUGAAAUCUUUGGUACCCUACUAAAUCCUCCUACUUUUGGGAUUAAUUUUGAACUUGUAUUAGAGAGUUGAUGAAAUUUAGUUAUUGGGAUAGGUCCCUUCCUAAUUGUUCUUUUUCCCUUGAAACAACUAGCUGUUGUGACUCCAAAAUUGCGACAUAAAUAUAAUAUGAAGAUUAGUAUUGUUGCACGGAGGAUAAACCAAAUUUAGUUUCAUGUUUUGCAGGAGCAUAAUUGAACCUUAUAUUAUGUGGGCUAUUGCUGAA